GUCACAUUGUGCGUUAUCUUCUUAUUGGGAUUGGAAUUGGAUCCACUUUCUUCGCAAAAAGCCCCAUUGUUUGUGUUUCACUUGGCGCCACCCCCGCCGCCCACCGGAUUUCAGAGCGGACAUGGCAACGCAGCGGACGACCGCCUGCAUUUAGUGACCAGCCAGCGACGAGCGAUGACCGUUUGGGGCAUAGAGGCCAUCACACUGAACGGAUCGGCGGCAAAGGAGAAGGGUGAAAUUCGGGUGAUUCCGGAGGCGGGAGCCAUGAACUCCGUGGAGCGCUACCGGCAGGAGUGGCAGCUGCUGCUGGAGAAUCUCGAUGCGGAGCCGGAGAGCCUGCGGCACGCGGCCUUCGCCGGCGACCUCAAGAUGUCCAAGUUCCGGAGCAUUCACUGGGCCCUCCUGCUGCGCGUCCUCACCUCGGAGCACCGCAGCUGGGUCAGCCAGCGCCUCCAGCAGCGUGUGAGGUACGACAAGUUCCGGUCGGACUACGUACGCAAUCCCCAUCAACUGGCGGUGGAUUGCAACGAUGAUCCGCUGUCGCAGUCCACGCAAAGCGUCUGGAAUCAGUACUUCAGCGACCAGGAGCUGUUCGCCGUCAUCCGGCAGGAUGUGGUGCGCACCUUCCCGGGCGUCGACUUCUUCCGCAAGCCACUCGUGCAGAACGCCAUGGUCAACAUACUGUUCUACUACGCCCGCGAGCAUCCGUACAUGUGCUAUCGCCAGGGAAUGCACGAGAUCCUGGCUCCCAUCAUCUUUGUGGUCUACAGCGAUCACCAGUCGCUGCUGCACUUCAGCGAGCUGGCCAAGACGGACAUCAAUCCCACGCUGCUGGACGUGCUGGAUCCCGCCUAUCUGGAGGCGGAUACCUACUCUUUGUUCUCCCGACUCAUGGCCUCCGUGGAGUCAUACUAUCGCGUGUCGAAUCUGGUCUCCACACCCGGUGGCCACAUCGAGCAGCGGGCCGAGAGCCCCGGGGACAAUGAGACGCCGACGGAGGCGGAGGUUAUCGGCCAGCUGAACUUCAUACGGGACAAAAUACUCGCCAAGCAGGACCAGCACUUGCAUCACUAUCUACAGAAGAUGGAAAUCCCGCUGCACAUAUUCGGCAUUCGAUGGCUAAGGCUUCUCUUUGGAAGGGAGUUCAUGCUACUGGACCUUUUGCUGCUGUGGGAUGCCAUCUUCGCGGACAGCGAUCGCUUCGACCUGCCCAACUACAUUCUGGUGGCUAUGCUGGUCCACAUCCGUGAUAAGCUGCUACUUAGCGACUAUACCACAUCGUUGACCUAUCUGAUGCGCUAUCCGGGCAAUGUGGACGUUCAUCUGGUGCUGCGACAUGCCCUAUUCAUGCUCAAUCCCAAGCAGUUUGACUAUCCCCCGAAUGCCUUCACCUGUGUGUCCUUCGCAAACAGCUCUGCGGGCAAGGAAGUGCCUCCUCCCGCGGGUCAACGCCCGCGCACCUCCUCGGAAACCUCAUCGGGGACGAAUAGUGGCAGCCAAAUCGAUCGGCAGAUCACUUUCAUGCAGGAGCGUAAUGCAGCGAAUUCCUCGGCUUUGGCCAAACUGCACGAUACUCACCGCGUGGCCAUGGAUGGAUAUUUGGAGAACAGUCCUGAACUACUCCGAUUGGAGCUGAAGAAUGCGCAAACAGUAAUUAAGAUAGCGCGCAGCAAGCUGCAGAACUACCUGGGCACAGUGCGUCAUCAUGUGGGAAAGCAGGCGAAUGGCAACGAGGAGCUCAGCCGGACUCUGGACGGGAUCGAGGAACUUUGCAGCUUCCUGGACGUAAAGUUCAUGUUUCCGCUGCACGCGCGAUCGGCGCCCAUCGACCAAGCUCUGGAGGCCAACGAGCAGAAACAGCUGAACACGAUUGCGAUACCGCCAAAGGCAACGCCCUCUGCUACUCCCGCGACUGCACCUGUUGCGCCACCUGCAGCUGGGGGCUAUCAGUUGCCCGAGAACGCCUUCAUGCACAGCUCCAUGCGGCGCCUCCUCGGCGAACUGCGCGAGAUCGAGCUGUCUACGAUAACGAGCGACGAGAAGCCCGGAAAUGCGGUGCUACAAAACGGAUUGCCAGCUGCGGAGCCCCAACAGAGGCACCAAAACGAAUUGAGCUGAUCGAAAAGAUGCU